AUGCAUCGUGCCACUCUGCCACCACUCAUUCUCCGUUCUCUCGCCCAACUGCAGGAUGGUCUCAACACCGCCGUGAAUGUGAAUUGGCAACAACAACGUACUCCAGAUGACUGGGCACUUGCUAUUGUGAUGGAGAGUGCAGAGUUGAUGGAUUCCUAUCCAUGGAAGUGGUGGAAGAAUGUAAAGGCACAACCCGAUUUGCAAAAUGUGAAGAUUGAACUCACAGACAUUAUGCACUUUUCACUUUCAGGAGAGAUGCAGACACGUCUCGCGGCUCCACUACACCAAAAUAUGACUGGGAAACCACUACAGGAGUUAUGCCGUUUCUGUUCCCCACCGGAAACUAUUACUACUAUCACAACAGUACCUGAAGGAAGUGAAUUGAAUGGUAUCUUAUUCUUUCCUUUAAGUGAAACCGCAAAUGCAGUGGCGAGCUUCCGUAAUAUUAUUCAAUUAGCUAAUAUCUGGCGAUUUGAUCUCAUUACAGAAGCUGUCAUUGCGGCAGCACAGGAUCUCGGAUUUAACCUGGUGGCCUACUACGUGGCGAAACACACACUAAACAGUAUUCGCCAAAUGUCAGGAUAUAAGGAUGGUACAUAUGUGAAGGUUCGUGAUGGGGUGGAGGAUAACGUUUUACUGCAUGAGUGUAUCGCAUCCUUUUCAGUGGAAGAUGUUCUGAAUGAGUCCACUUACCUUGCUGCCUGGGAUUCUAUCAUCCAUCGUGUAUUUGAUGCCUUUGGAACUCCUAAAGAGGCUCAAUAUGGCGUUCACCGCUGGUUGAAAUCUUUACCAGGAGCAGCAGAGGGAGAGAGUGAUGCAGCGGCUGCUGGUAUGAAUAUAUGCUAG